AUGAAGUACUCAUUGCUUGCCUUGUCGACACUGCUGGCGCUGUUCGGCACAUCGGUGGCGUGGGCCGCCGACGCGCCCACCUACGAAGAUCUACUGGAACAGAGCAGGGCGCAAUCGCCUUACCUGCAGGAAAAGCGCUUCGACACCGCAGCGGCCGCCGGCGAUGCCCGGCAGGCCAGAGCAUUGCGCAACCCCACUAUCGACGGCCUUGUCGAGAAUCUCAACGCACCCUUAAGCAAUGGCAGCAGCCAGCGCCAGACGACCUACACCCUGACCCAGCCGCUGGAGAUCUUCGGCCAGCGGAGCGCGCGUAUCCAGGCGGGCGAGAAGGGCCUGCAGGCGGCCGAAGCUCGGCAACACCAAGCGCAGGUUGAGUUCUCGGCAGCGCUGGCGGUGGCCUACGCCGCUGCCGAGGCCAGCCUGAUUCGCCGGGCAAUCGCGCAGGAGGAUGUGGAGCGCGCCGAGGGCGACCUGCGUGCGGCCAAGGCUCUGGUGGAAGCUGGCAAAGAGGCCAGCCUUCGUUCCGCCCAAGCCCAGGCCGGCCUGAGCGCGGCGCAAUCGGCUGCUGCCAGUCGCGAUGCCGAGACGACGGCUGCUCUUGAGCAGUUGUCGGUGCUGGCCGGCCAGACCGAGACGUACUCAGGUGUGGGCCAGUCCCUUCUAGAGCGCGACUGGCCAACGGUGGGCGCAACCGCAGGCGAUGCCACGGCGGUGCUGACAGCCAAGGCGGACGUGGACGCUACCGAAGCCCAACUGCGUAUCGAAAGGCUCAAGCGUGCGCCGGACCUGAGCGUGUCUGCAGGGCGUCGCAGCUUUGCAGCAGGUGGGGACGCGCUGGUCGUGGGCCUUUCGCUGUCCGUNCCGCUGUUCGACCGCAACAGUGGCGGCAUCAGCGCCGCCCGUGCCCGUACCGACGCGGCCAGGGCGCGAUUGGACGCUGCGCGCCUGCAGAGCCAGGCAGAUCGCGCUACCGCGUUGUCCCAGGUGGCUGCGGCGCGACGCGGCCUCGAGGCAGCUGCCGAGGGUGAAAAAGCCGCGGCCGAGGCCUACCGCAUGGGCCGUCUGGGGUAUGAGGCCGGCCGCACGCCCCUGGUGGAACUGCUGCUCAGCCGCCGCACGUUGACAGAAGCGCGGCUGACCGUGGUCGAUGCGCGCCUUGCCCGGGCUUCGGCAUCGCCCGCCUUUCGCAGUCCUCCAGCGCGCCNCGUUGCCAUUCCCGAUGCAUAUCUUGGAGCAGCCGGUAUUGCCGUUGAGGCUGUCACCUCUGCCGACGUGGCAGCCAACAUUGGCGCAGCAGGCUCCGUCGUUGCCAUUCCGGGUGGUGAAGCCGUGGUGGUAUCCAGGGCCGCAGGCAACGUGACCGAGGUGCUUCGCCAGGUGGGCGACAAGGUCGCCAAGGGCGAUGUCCUUGCACGGGUCGCCAGCCCUGAUGGCGCACGCAUUGCAGCAGAUCUGCGCGUGGCCAAUGCCGGUCUUUCCCUGGCGCAGAAGAACGCCAGCCGGGACCAGUCGCUGUUGGCGCAGGGGGUGCUUGCCCGGCAGGAGGCCGAAGCCAGCCAAGCUGCCUACCUGUCGGCACAGGCCGAAGCGCAACGGGCUGCGCUGGUGGCUCGCACCGCCAACGUCGAUGGCGGCGGCAGCGUUUCGGUGGUCAGCCCCAUCGCCGGGACCAUCAGCAGUUCCCAGGCCACACUGGGUGUAUUCGUUGAACCACAGGCCACCCUCUAUCGCGUCACCGGCUCGAACGGCGUGGAGGUGCAGGCAUCGGUGCGCGCGGGUGAUACCAGCCGGAUCCGCUCCGGUGAUCCUGCCACCAUCGUGCGCUCUGACGGCACCGUGGUAUCAGGCAAGGUCCGUUCUGUAGCGACGGCGGUGGGAGGAUUGACUCGAGCUGCAACCGUGGUGAUUACGCCGGAAAACGCUGGCGCCGGACUUGUCGUCGGUGACGGCGUGCAGGUGCGCCUUGUGGCGUCAGCCGGGCAGUCCGGUGGCAUGUCCGUUCCCGAAGAAGCCGUGCAGAACAUCGAUGGCAAAGACGUGCUGUUCGUGCGCACGGAGAAGGGGUUCAACGCCCAGCCCGUGAACCCGCGUAGCAACCCGCAACGCCUUCCUGGUGAAGGCGGAAAUGAACAAGUCCGGCGGAGACGAGUGAUGAUCGAACAGGUGCUUACAGGUGCCGUGCGGCACCGCUGGCUGGUGUUGUUCAUCACGCUGGUGAUCUCGGUCAUCGGUGCCUGGCAGUUGAACAUGCUGCCGAUCGAUGUCACCCCGGACAUCACCAACAAGCAGGUGCAGAUCAACACCGUCAUCCCCACGCUCAGCCCGGUGGAAGUGGAAAAGCGGGUGACCUAUCCCAUCGAGACCGCGAUGGCGGGCCUGCGCGGCGUUGCCAACACGCGUUCGUUCUCGCGCAACGGUUUCAGCCAGGUGACGGUCAUCUUCGAUGAAAGUGCCGAUCUGUACUUCAUGCGCCAGCAGGUCACCGAGCGCUUGACCCAGGCCCGGCCGCAGCUUCCCGAAGGCGCCGAGCCGCUGAUGGGGCCGGUUUCCACUGGCCUGGGCGAGGUAUUCCACUACAGCGUCGAGUUCACACACCCCGAUGGCAAGGACGCGCCACGCAACGAUGGCAAGCCCGGAUGGCAGAGCGAUGGCUCGUUCCUGACCGAUCAGGGCGAUCGCCUGGCCGAUGACAUGGCGCGCCUAGCGUACCUGCGCACGGUACAGGACUGGAUCGUGCGCCCGCAGCUGCGCACGACGCCGGGCGUGGCUGACGUCGACAGCCUGGGCGGCUAUGUGAAGGAGUAUGUGGUCGAGCCCAAUGCAGCCAAGCUUGCUGAGUAUGGGUUCUCCUACACCGACCUGGCGAACGCGCUGCAGGAUGCAAAUCUUUCGGUGGGUGCGGACUACAUCCAGCGCUCUGGCGAAUCCUAUCUGGUGCGAGCUGAUGCCCGUAUCCGUUCGGUGGAUGAGAUCGCGCGGGCCGUGGUGGGUAACCGCAACGGUGUUCCGGUCACGGUGGGUGAUGUUGCGCGGGUGGUGAUCGACGGCGAGCUGCGGCGAGGUGCCGCCAGUCGCAACGGCUACGAGACGGUAGUGGGCAGCGCGCUGAUGCUGGUGGGCGCCAACAGCCGCACCGUGGCCGCCGCCGUCGGCGACAAGCUCAAGGAGAUCAGCAAGACCAUGCCGCCGGGCGUGAGCAUCGUCCCGACGCUGGAUCGCUCGCAGUUGGUGGUGGCGACCAUCAAGACCGUCGCCAAGAACCUGACGGAGGGCGCGCUGCUGGUGGUGGUCAUCCUGUUCGCGUUGCUGGGUAACUGGCGUGCGGCAGUGAUUGCUGCACUGGUAAUUCCGUUGUCCCUGCUCAUCACCGCCAUCGGCAUGAACAAGCUGGGCAUCUCCGGCAACCUGAUGAGCCUGGGAGCGCUGGAUUUUGGACUGAUCAUCGACGGUGCUGUGAUCAUUGUCGAAAACUCACUGCGACGAUUGGCCGAGCGUCAGCAUGCCGAAGGUAGAAUCCUCACUCUGAGCGAGCGCCUGCACGAGACCAUCGCGUCCUCCAAGGAGAUGGUCCGCCCGACGAUCUACGGACAGGCGGUCAUCUUCCUCGUCUUUGUUCCGUGCCUGACGUUCCAGGGCGUGGAAGGCAAGAUGUUCUCGCCGAUGGUGAUCACCCUGAUGCUGGCGCUUGCAUCGGCCUUUGUCCUCUCGCUGACAUUCGUUCCGGCGAUGGUCGCGGUCAUGUUGAAGGGCCACAUCUCCGAGAAGGAAGUGCGUGUAGUGGCGGCCACGAAGAGCCGUUACCAGCCGUUGCUGCGCAAUGCGAUCCGGCAACCGAUGCCAUAUCUUGCCGGCGGAUUGGGCGUAUUGCUGGCCGGCGCGGUGGCGUUCUCCUUCGUCGGACGUGAGUUCAUGCCGACACUGGACGAGCAGAACCUGAACCUGUCCUCCGUUCGUAUUCCCUCCACCUCCAUCGAACAGUCGGUAGCCAUCGAUCUUCCCCUGGAGAAGGCUGUGCUGACGCUUCCCGAGGUGCAGACCGUCUACUCCAAGGCGGGUACGGCGAGCCUUGCCGCAGACCCCAUGCCGCCAAACGCAUCGGACAACUACGUCAUCCUGAAACCGAAGGACCAGUGGCCUGAUGGUGUGAAGACCAAAGAGCAGGUCAUCGAGCGCAUCCGCGAGAAGACCGCGUUCCUGGUGGGCAACAACUACGACGCCACGCAGCCGAUCGAGAUGCGCUUCAACGAGCUGAUCGGUGGUGUGCGCAGCGACGUGGCGGUGAAGAUCUACGGCGAAGACCUGACGGCCUUGGCCACCAGCGCAGACAAAAUUGCUGCUGUGCUGAAGAAGAUUCCCGGGGCAUCGGAUGUGCGUGUGGCCCAGACCGGUGGCUUCCCGACCUUCGACAUGGCGUUUGAUCGCGCAGCGAUCGCCCGCUAUGGCCUGACCGUUAAGGAUGUGGCUGAUACGGUGUCGGCCGCGUUGGCCGGACGCCAGGCGGGCCAGAUCUUUGAGGGCGAUCGCCGCUUCGAUGUGGUGGUUCGACUGCCCCGCGUCGACCGAAGUGAUCUGGACGUCCUGGGUGCGGUGCCGGUCAUGCUGCCGCCGGGGAAUCAGGAAGGCAGCCCUUCGGUGCCGCUGCGUGAGCUGGUCAGCUUCCGCUUCACGCAGGGUCUGAACGAGGUGAGUCGUGACAACGGCAAGCGCCGGAUCUAUGUAGAGGCCAACGUAGUGGGGCGUGAUCUGGGCAGCUUCGUGGACGAUGCCAAGGUAGCGAUCGCACAGCAGGUGCAACUGCCGACCGGCUCGUGGAUCGAGUGGGGCGGGCAGUUCCAGAACCUGCAGGCAGCUACCCAGCGUUUGGCCAUCAUCGUGCCGCUGUGCUUCAUCCUGAUUGCCGCGGUGCUGUAUAUGGCCAUCGGCAACGGGCUGUUGACCGGCACUGUGCUGACGGCCGUACCGCUGGCGCUGGCCGGUGGCUUCUUCGCGCUGGCCUUGCGUGGCAUUCCGUUCUCGAUCUCGGCAGCAGUGGGGUUCAUUGCUGUUUCGGGUGUGGCGGUGCUGAACGGACUGGUGUUGAUCUCCGCCAUCAAGAAGCGUCUGCAUGACGGCAUGGAGCCGGACGAGGCGGUGGAGCAGGGUGCAAUGGAGCGCGUCCGGCCCGUGUUGAUGACGGCCUUGGUUGCUUCACUGGGGUUUGUGCCCAUGGCGAUCGCAACCGGCACGGGUGCUGAAGUGCAGAAGCCGUUGGCAACCGUGGUCAUCGGCGGCCUCAUCACGGCCACCGUGCUGACCCUGUUCGUCCUGCCGGCACUGUGUGGGCUGGUGCUGCGCAGGACUGCGCGCAGGAAGGCAGCGGGCAUCGAGGACCCACUGCCGGCGCCGGAAACCGAUUGA